AUGUCUGCCGCCAUCGCAGAGACAAAGGGCCUCGAGGCCGGCGUCCACGUUGAUGUCAAGAACUCAGACGUCCUGGCCAACCAGGACCUGAUGAACGAUGCCUUCGAGGGAGAGAACCACGAACACCAGCAGGGAGUAUGGGAGGCCGUCAAGGCUCACCCGUGGGCUUGCCUUUGGGCGUUUACCAUGUGCUUCACCAUUGUCAUGGAGUCGUUCGACAUGUUCUUGAACGGAAACUUCGUCGCACAAACCGCUUUCAAAGAACGAUACGGCAUUAUGGUUGAGGGAAGCGGCAAAGUCAUUGAGACUAAAUGGCAGAGUGCCCUUUUCCAAUCUGGCCAAUGUGGUGCCUUCGUUGGUGUGUUCCUCGCCGGUCCUAUUACCAACAGGGUCGGCUACCGCUGGACUACCCUCAUCGGCUUGGUGCUGAUGAACGCGACAAUCUUCGUAUCAUUCUUUGCCAAUUCUCUCGCGGUCUUGACAGUCGGGCAAGCUUUGGAGGGUGUCCCGUGGGGCAUGUUCAUCGCCAAUGCUCCUGCUUAUGCCUCCGAGGUUGUCCCUCUGGCUCUUCGAGGUGCCUGCACAGCUACUCUCCAGAUGGCCUGGUCCAUUGGGGGCAUCAUCGUCGCUGGUGUCACUUAUGCCACCAACAAACGGGCGGAUGAGUGGGCUUGGAGACUGCCUCUUGCAUUGCAGUGGAUCUUUCCCACUCCCCUUAUGAUUCUCGUCUUCCUCUCCCCCGAAUCCCCGUGGUGGCUGGUCCGCGCCGGCCGUCAAAAGGAUGCCCUGCGAUCGAUUGAGCGACUUGGAGCCAAUACUCCCGAGAAGGCACAGAAGUCUCUUGCCAUGAUCGAGCGAACAGUGGAAAUUGAGAGACAAGUUGGUGGCAACCCCAGCCUUCUGGAUCUCUUCAAGGGCACCGAUCUGCGACGAACCACCAUCACCUGUCUGAUGUACGCGUCUCAGAACUUUGCUGGUAACUUGAUUGCUAACCAAGCCACCUUUUUCUUCGAGCAGGCCGGUGUCGGAAAUGAUCGCGCCUUCGAACUGAACUUGAUCAACUCGUGCCUGGGUUUCAUCGCCAAUGCUCUUUCGUGGCCUCUGACCGCCUGGUUUGGUCGUCGAACCAUCUACCUCUGGGGAACAGCAACGAAUGUCACUUUCCUCAUGAUUCUCGGUAUCGUCGCCUCCAUAAAGCAAACCACUGCGACGAACUAUGCUCAAGCCAUUCUUGGAAUUGUCAUUUCAUUCGUCUUUGCCGGUACUCUGGGACCAAUUUCGUACACCAUCAUCUCGGAGACAUCCUCCGUCCGUCUCCGUGCUCUCAGUACUGGUGUCGGCCGCGGCGCUUACUACGUUGCCGAAAUUCCCAUGAUCUUCCUUGCAUCGCAGCUGCUCAACCCGACUGGAUGGAACCUGGCAGGAAAGUGUGGAUAUGUCUGGGGAGGUACUGCUGUUGUGUGCUGGAUUAUGGCAUACUUCUUCCUGCCUGAGCUCAAGCACCGCACAUACCGUGAGACCGAUAUCUUGUUCAACCGCAAGAUUCCUGCCAGAAAGUUCAAGUCUACGGUCAUUGACGUGCGCGACAAUGAGUAA